AUUCUUUCAUGCGGAAAGAGAACUGGAACAAUGGCAGCAUCAACCCCUCACCCGUUUGACCCCAUCACUCCCGAGGAGAUCCAGUUGGCCACUAAGAUCCUCCAGGCUGCCUUCCCCGGGGUAUCCCUCCGGUAUAAGAAGAUCGAUGUUCAGGAACCAAUUAAGAAGGAGGUGGUGCCUUUUAUCGAGGCGGAGAGACUAGGACAACCACUUCCUACCCGGCCAACCCGGUUGUUACAGGUUCUCUUCCAUCGGCUAGACAAUGGGGCAUUCUAUAAGGCAUUGCUGAAUGCCGGAACACGCUCCAUCAUCUCGGCCAAGGAAAUGCCGAAAGAUAUCCAGGCCUCCGUCGAUGCAGAUGAGAUGAUCGAGAUCGAGCAGCUAUGUCUGAACCAUCCUGCUGUCCAGGCGGAAGUGGCGAAACUUCAAUUACCCGCGGGGGUCACGGUGUGCAACGACCCCUGGAUCUAUGGAACGGAUGAUCCGAAGGAGACUCGUCGCCUGUUCCAAUGCUAUAUGUAUAUCGUAGCCACCGAUCAUCCGCAGAAUAACCACUACUCCACACCUUGCAAAUUCUCUCCAGUCUUUGAUGGUCUCACCCGAGAGCUAGUUCGCAUAGACUAUCUUCCGGGUGGACAUGAUGCCCAGAUCACAGAGACUCAACCUUGGAAGCCCGUCGAGACCAUUCAAUACGCACAUGACCUCCUACAGGGGCCAUUGCGCCCAGAUCUAAAGCCGUACAUUGUCCAGCAACCCCAGGGAGCAUCAUUCGACGUCCAGGGCAAUGUAGUCUCCUGGCAGAAGUGGCGAUUCCGAGUGGGUUUCAACAGCCGUGAGGGUCUAGUUAUCUACAACCUGACAUACGGCGGACGCAAUGUGUUCUACCGACUGUCGGUUUCGGAGAUGACCGUUCCGUACGGCGACCCCCGCGCACCCUACCACCGCAAGCAAGCAUUUGACGUGGGAGACGUGGGCUUUGGUAUCACCGCGAACCAACUAUCCCUGGGAUGCGACUGUCUCGGCCACAUCAAGUACUUUGACGGCUACCGCUCCGACUCCAAAGGCAACCCUGUUCACCUGCCCAACGUUAUCUGUCUGCACGAGCAAGACAACGGGCUUCAACACAAACACACCAACUAUCGCUCGGGGGCCGCGACCGUCGUCCGCAACCGCCAGCUGGUGGUGCAAAUGAUCUGCACAGUGGCUAACUAUGAAUACAUCUUUGCGUUCAUUUUCGACCAAGCGGCCAACAUCGAGCUGGAGGUUCGCGCCACCGGGAUCCUCUCCACCGUCCCCUUUGACAACCAUGAAUUCGGCAAAACCGUCCCUUGGGGCACGAACGUGGGCCCCGGUGUGAUGGCCCCCUAUCACCAACACAUGUUUUCGUUCCGAAUGGACCCUGCGAUAGACGGAUUCCAAAAUACCGUUUACUACGAAGACAGCGUCGCAAUGCCCGAGGACGAAAACAACCCGUACAACGUGGGAUACACAACGGAGCAAACGGUCCUCCGCACGAGUGGAACCGCCAGUACCAGCGUCGAUCGCCACCGUGUGUUCAAAAUCCGCAACGACUCCCAGAUCAACCCCAUCACCUACAAGCCCAUCGCAUAUAAACUGCAAACGGCACCCAGUCAGAUGCUCCUCGCCAGCCCGAGGUCGUACGGCGCCAAGCGUGCGGGCUUCGCCACCCAGCCCAUCUGGGUGACGAAAUACAAGGAUGACGAGCUGUACGCCGGGGGCGAGUUCACCAACCAGAGUAAGGAAAGUCAAGGUGUGGAAAAAUGGGUGCAGCGCAACGACCCCGUAGAAAACGAAGAUGUCGUUCUCUGGCACACAUUCGGCCUGACCCACAACCCCCGCAUCGAAGACUUCCCCGUCAUGCCGAUGGAACGCAUUAGCGUCAUGCUGAAGCCCGAUGGUUUCUUCACCAAGAACCCAGCCCUCGACGUCCCUCAAUCCUCUCAGUCAUUCAACAAGUCGACGUUGCACCCAGAACCAGUGGCGUGCUGUGGCCCCGCCAAGGGCAAGCUGUAGUUAAACAUUCGUCCUGGAUUAAUAAUACCGAUAUCAAAAAGGAUAUAGUUCAAUGACUCCUGAGAUCAACACGUCACACACUUUUGCUUAUGUCCAAACUACUGAGUAACGCGGGAAUAUUCGUAACUAGACGCCGGAAAUAGGUUCCAUACGAACGACAAGAUCAGUAUUUCUAGUAGUAGUCACUACCUACCGAGCCGAGUAUCAUCACAUAUAACAAUUUAAAAGCGUGGGAAGAACCCUAACAAAACAGGAAAUAGCAAACAUAUAAAAA